CUCCUGAGUGCUGGGAUUACAGGUGUGCACCACUACACCUAGCAGAAAUUCCUCCUUGAGGGAAAUCUAAAGGUGACUUUCAUCUCAUGGAGAGCUCAGAAGGUUGCCUGCGGGGCCGCUGGGCCUCUACCCUGCUGGUGCUGAGUUCCCUGGUAUCCCUUGCUGGUUCUGUCUACUUAGCGUGGAUCCUGUUCUUCGUGCUCUAUGAUUUCUGCAUUGUUUGCAUCACCACUUAUGCUGUCAACGUGGGCCUAAUGUGGCUUAGCUUCCGAGAGAUCCGGGAACCCGAGGGCAAGACCAAGCGGCACUGACGCCUCACCCCAAACAAGGAUGACUUCAUCUGCUUUGCUCUGGUCUAAACCUUGCCCAACCAGGCCAUGUCUGGGUCCCUUGAAGGCCCUGCAUUCUCGCCACCUCAUCCACAAUCACACACAGGAAAGUGGACCAAAUGUGCCUCAAACUCUUUCUCAAAGGGCUGGUUUCUGCACUGCCUGGGGAGGGAAGUUUCUGAGCAAUAAAAUUUCCUA